CUCGGAGCCGAGCAAGCGAGCGAGCAGCAGCGCCGCGCCACGCCAGUCGUAGAGCGGAGUCCGCGGGGAGAGGACGUGUGUCGUUGUUCGGGUCCCCCUCGCCGGUCCGGCUCGCUCAGAGUGAGGUCGUGUGUGAGUGCCAGUGACGACAGUGUGUGACAGUGUUUAGUGCUUCCACGCCGCACUUGGAUUACGUGCAAUGAGUGCUCGUGUGGUGAAUCCCUUCACCAUCACGGAAAUGCGCCGGCUCAGGGAGGCGGUCGCCAGGCCCACGGCGUUCCGCCCCGAGCCCGAGUCUCGCGCGCGGGUGUGCCGCAACCUGUGGGGAAAGGCGAGCGCCGAGGACAGCCGGGCCUUCGCCGCCAAGGAGUUGACGGAGCAGCGCGAGCGCGCCGCCAAACGCUGGGGCUUCGACUUCUUCCGGGAAGAGCCGCGCACCCACGGACCGGGCGCCGAGCGGUUCAAGUGGACCCCCGUGCGCAUCGGCACGGUCCCCUCAGCCUACAAGAUGCCGCGCCUGCCGCGGCUGGCCAACCUGGACGCCGUCCUGGAGACCGCCAGGGCCACCGUGCCCAGCCUGGCCGUCCGCGAGCAGCAGCCCGAGGCCACCACCACGGCCGAGGCCGCCACGCCCCUGUCGGCCGAGUCCUCGCCCGUCAGCUC